AUGGCGUUUGUGGCAGUGUUCGCGGCAUGGCGUGCGGCGUGGCGGUAUCUACGGAACACGCGAGCACUGCACAAUGCAGCUACGGCCGCCUCUACGCCACAAUUCAGCUUGCACGUCACGCCGGUAUCGCACUUCCGGGGUUGCUACGAACACGUUAGUUCGGCUACGGGCCAACGUAAAUAUGCAGAAAGGGUUAAUGGCCUCGCUAAUUAUUUUAAACCGCCACAGCAGGUGUUCGACGCGCCCAAUGUUAACCUCACAAUAAAGCAAACUACGCAUACCAACUGCGAU